UACCAAAUUAGGAAUGUAUAAGGAAAACUGUGGUUUGGAAAAUGUUUUGUUAUCCUGGGGCCAUGAUGAGUACUUGUAUCAUAUGUUGAAGCAUAACAAGUCUACUCUACCGAAAGAAGCGUUGGCUAUGAUAAGAUUUCAUAGUUUUUAUCCGUGGCAUACUGGAGGUGAUUAUCAACAUUUGACAAAUGAAAAAGACGAGGAGAUGAAGGAAUGGGUGCUUAAGUUUAACAAAUAUGAUUUGUACACUAAAAGUACAAAAAUACCAGACAUUGAAGCACUUUGGCCAUACUAUGAGAGCCUGAUCGAUAAAUAUAUUCCAGGAGAAUUAUCCUGGUAA